GAGCCUCGGCCUGGCCUCCCGAGACGAUGCUCGCGCUCCUGGGCGCGGCGGCCCUGCUGCUGGUGGCCGGGGCGCCUCGGGUGCUGCUCGCAGCCGCAGAUGGAGAUGAUCUGGAGCCUCCUGAGGAUGUGGAUGUCUACAUUAUAGAUGACAAUUUUACCCUAAAGUGGAGCAGCCAGAACUACUCAGUGGGCAGUGUGACAUUUUCAGCAGAGUACCAAGAAGAAGAGAUGGAGGACUGGUUAAAAUUGCCUGGGUGUCAACAUGUUACAGGGACCAAAUGCGAAUUCUCUUUACUGGACACAAAUAUUUAUGUGAAAAUAAAGUUUCGUGUAAGAGCUGAAGCAGACAGUAGUGCUUCUUCAUGGGCUGAGAUUGACCCGUUUAUUCCAUUUUGCAGAGCUCGCAUUGGACCCCCGGGAGUACGUUUAGAAGCUGAAGAUCAAGCGAUAGUUGUCUACAUCUCUCACCCCGGACAGGGCGGGAAGAUGUGGGACAAGGAUGUUAUGCAGUUCCAAUACAGGAUAGAGAUCUGGCAGAAGUCUUCGGGUGUGUCAAAAAAUAUUACAACUUUUUAUUACACAGAAAAGAUUUUAAAGCUGUUACCAGAGACUACUUACUGUUUAAAAGUUGAAGCGAUACAUAAAUCCCAUAAGAAUCAAAGCAGUUAUAGUGCGGUGCAAUGUAUCAACACCACGGAGGCAAAUAAGAUGCCUGUGCCGGAAAAUAUAGAAAUGGAUGUCCAUGGUGCGAGCUAUGUUCUGAAAUGGGACUGUGCGUCUGCAGACGCGAGCUACCGAGCACAGUGGCUCCCUGGCUACUCUAAAAGUGUUCCUGGAAGCUCUUUAAAUGAAUGGAAACCAAUACCUGCCUGUGCAGAUGUCAAAACGACGCACUGUGUCUUUCCUCAAAACACCAUCCACACAGGAACAUUCUUUCUCCGGGUACAAGCAUUCAGUGGAAAUCAAACAUCCUUUUGGUCUGAAGAUAAAUUGAUUGAUUCCAACAAAUUCGCUACCAUCCCUCCCCCAGUCAUUGCUGUCAGCUCCACUAGGGACUCACUGCUCGCUUAUGUCACCUGUCAAGACGAUUCCAGCAUCGAGUGUCAUGGGCUAACUUACGAAAUCGUUUUUUGGGAAAAGACUUCAAAUACGAAGAGGAAAAUGGUGAAGGAAAGCCCAGAGUUUGCCAUUGUGAACCUGCAACCACAGACUGUGUAUUGUGUGCAGGCCAGAGUGCUCUCCUUCUCCCUGUGGAACAAGAGUAGUGACUUCAGUGACAUGCUGUGUAAGAUGACCAGGCCAGGAAAUUCUUCUCCCAUGACCUGGAUCAUAACUGGAUUUGGCACUCUGUUUUUUUCUUUCCUGGUCCUUUAUGCUGGAAAGAACCUCCUGAAAUAUCUCAAUUAUGUGUUCUUUUCAUCGCCCAAGCCUCCCCCCAGCAUCGAUGAGUUUUUCUCUGAGCCGUCUUCAAAAAACCUCCUCUUUUUGACUCCUGAGGAACACACCGAGCAAUGCUUCAUCAUUGAAAACACAGACACUGUUGCUGUAACUGAAGGAAAUAUCAUUCCCCAGGAAGAUUGCAGAAAGCACACUUCCCAGAGCAGCCAGGACUCGGGGAACUAUUCUAACGAAGAGGGAAGUACCGGGAGCGAAAGCAGCUCAGGCUCAGGCCAUAGGGCUGUGUCCGCCCACAGUGGGCUCUUGGAGGGUCCCAGGGGGAAUCCAUGGGACAUGUCUUGCUCUCCCGGGACCUGUGAGAGGGAGUCUGCUUCUUGAGAAAGCAGAAGCAUCUUCAGAGCCCAACAGCCCUGCAGGCACAGCAGCUCUCCUGCGUUGCUCGGACGGCCACAGUCUGAAGGUGGCGGCCUGUCUCUGCGGGCAGCUGAAGACCCCAGGUGCUGUCUUAUGCCACAAGCGUGGCUCGCUGCUACACAUGCCAUCUGGUGUUGUCUCUGUGUUCAUAUUCUAGGAGAUACCAAGGCCAUGCACUCGGCUUUUUAACCCUACAUACCCUAAGGUGUCUCAGAGGUACUGUUACUACAUACACUAGCACUUCCUAACCCCUAGCUUUCCAAGCAGAGGCUUCUGCCUAGAACUCAGAAGUGACUGACGCUGUGGGGAAGGGACUCUCUCGAAGUCUGUGUGGCCUGGGGAAGCGCAGUGCACUCUCGUCCUUUUGGAGUCAUGCAGUAACGAGGGAGCUGGCGAGCACACAGACCAUGUGCAUACAGCCGGCCUUCUCAUGAACACCCUGCAUCCCUGUCUACGGCCUUUCUGUAUCACUUUGAUAGCCAGCCAGCUGCUCUCCAGCAGGUGUUCAGUACCUUCUCAGCAUCCUUACAAAGCAAAGUGUCAACCACCAGGGUGUAUGGUGCUGUCUGCAGCUGCCUGUACUAACUUGAGAAUGAUUCCCGUGAGCAUCCUUCAUAGGCGGGACAUCUAGUGAGUCCAGUGGCCCCAGGUGGACUGUUAGUCCCAGAGCUCUCAGUUCAGACCAGAAGAGAUGAGAAUGACGGAUGUGGCCUUCAUACUGUGGCAGUUUAAACAUCCAACCCAGCACUGCUCACCCUGUGUCCCCACCGGGAGAGCUCCUUCUGACAGGACAACCUACCGAGAGGCCAGGCCUGUUAGCGCGUGGGACAGUGAAGGCCGGGACAUGAACAUAAGUGCAAACACGGGUCUUGAGGGUGAGUGAGACCCCAGAGCAAGUCCUCAGUGGCAGCAGCAGGUGGAGGUGGGGGACUUCCCUUGCCUAGUAAACAGCGAAGGCAGUUCUACCCACACGCCCCACGGCCCGCAUGUGCUUACUACAACGGGCUGCCUGCUAAGAUGACAGGGUUUUCCAGAACAGUCCUUGGGAAUGCCAUGCACGUGGGGCUGGAGAGAUGGCUCAGGAGUUAAGAGCACUCACUGCUCUUGCAUAGUACCCACAUGGUGUUCACAACCGGCUGUCACUUAGCUCCAGAGGGUGCGGCAAGGUACACUCAGAUGCAGGCAAGACAUCCAUCCACAAAAGUAAAACCUUUAAAAAGCAGAUCUAAAAAAAAUACCAAGCACCUAAGGGCAAACUGCCCGAAACUUAUUGGGAGUUCUUAGAGAGGCUCAAUGCCACCUAAGAUUAAUGUGUGUGUGCAGAUGUAAACAGCGAUGGCCCCUGGACAUGUCUACACACACCCACACAGGUGACCUGGCUCCAUCCGUUAGUAGUGCCUUAGAGCACCUAUUGACAGCUAAAGAGAGCAGCUGUUCUAGCCCAGAAUCAAAGACUGAGCAGGAGAAGUCUGUAACAAAGAGGCCAGGCACAAUGGUGGUCCCUUCUCAGCAGCCUAGGGGGAUGUGGGGUCUACCUGAGCAGCAUAACAGGGGCCCGUUGGAGAGUAUGUACAGGUGUGGAUACUUGUAUGUGUAUAUAAAACAGAGCCCAGCACAGGCAGUUCAUAUUUCUCUCUUGGGCCUUGGGGGGAGGUGACACCGAAACACCGCCCCCCCCCAGCCUGUGUCCCUGGUGUGCACUGUUCCUUUGGAGUUUGUUUCCCUCUAGUGCAGAAGCCUCCGGCAGGGACUGAGUUCCUCACUGGACCCCAGCCCCUGUAAUGGUGCAGCGCUCAGCACAGAGGGCGCUGGGCUCAGCUGGCACUGGGGAGUGUUUCUGUGCUUCUCUGCACCAAGUUUGUAUAUUUGCCUGUGGCUCGCUGCUGUAAAAUGAUUUUACAUAGCAAAUGCUGGAGCCAAAACUCUGGGUUUUGGUGGGUGCUGCUUUGAGCCCGGGUGCUGUGUGAAAUGGUGGCUGACAGCCACUCACAACAGGGACAGGUGCCCUGUGGCCAGCAUCCUGCGAAUGCGUGGUGAAAUGAGCUGUGCAGGAUGCUGACUUCCUGGGUCCAGACUGCUGUGCCUGGAAGUCACUCAUCCCUUCUGCUCUGACUCGGGACACUCAGGAGAUGAACACACUUGUACUUGUCAGGUCCCUUCCUCACUGUGGAGGAAACAAAUCCUCCUUCCUAAGAAGUGACCUGUUACUCAGUGACAGUGACAGGGCCCAGUUGCCCCCCCAGGCUUUGAUUUGGGAUACCCCUGCCUCAGCUCCCAACCGCUCAGAUCACUGGCUGCGGCCUGACUCUUCCUAGGAACAUGAAGAAACUUCACCGCCCGCCCAAGGUCAGGCACCAACAACAGACCAAGAGAGGGUGCCACCUAAGUCAGUGAUUCUCUGCCUUUGUUGUUGGGAGUCAAAGAUACUUUCACAGAGGUCACCUAUCAGGUAUCCUGUAUAUCGGGUAUUUACAUUAUGAUUCAUAAUGUAGCAAAAUUAGAAGUAGCAACAAUUUCAUGGCCGGGGUCACCACUGGUCACCACUGCGUGAGGAACUGUAUUAAAGGGCCGCAGCAUCAGGGCUACACAGAGAAACCCUCCUCCAUGUCUGUCUGAGGGAGCACACCUGUGCGUGAAUAUGAGCACGCCGCUGUCACAUACCUGUGCCGGAGUGUGGAGGUCUGACCGGGACCUGAGUUAGGCUCUCACUGAAGAGGAGGCUCUGGCUGGGGUGGUUGACCAGUGUAGCUCUGGGGAUCUGUCUGCCCGGAUGCUAGGAUAGAGCAUGCGCUGUGAAGCCUGGCUUUCUGUCAGGUGUUGGUAUAGGUUUUCAGUUCCUUGUGUUCAGAGAUCAAGCACUGGCCCAGUGAGCAGUCUCCUGAGACAGCUUUCAGCUUUUACAACCUUUCUGGGGCUUAGAGUUACCAGCCCUGAGGGCUUCCUAAAUCCAUGUGCAUUUGGGUGAUGGAGUGGUUACUUAACAGGAUAACAGUAUCUCUUUCUCCAUCUGAGAGAACAGAGGCAAGAAAGUGUUUCUUCCUAGUGCCCUGCACAUCCCUGCCCUACCCUCACCCCCUCAGCCUUGUCUGCAGAAGAAUCUACAAAGGCCCGAUAAGAAUGAAGAAAGGGAGUUGGCAUGGCGGAUAUUCUGGCUUUCGGUGGGGAAGGGUAAAUUGGGAAAAGAGAAACUGCAACCGCUACCCAUGGGUGCUUGAAGUUAAAUAUUGCUUACAGUGAGCAUGCGCACACACGCACGUACCCCUAGGUUUUUCUGGAUCCAUCGUAGAGAAAAGAGGAGAGGUCAACUGUGUGUCCCUGGCAGGUCCUUUCGCAAGACAAGCCCUUAGUUAUGCAAGACAACAUUUUUGUUGCUGGUACUGUACCACAUCCCCAGUUCCAUACAAGGUUUCAGUUUUCUAAGAUUCGACUUACAGAGCCGGCGAUGGGCUUGCGGCAUGCAGUAGCAUCCACUGUGAAAUCCUAAGAACCACACACGUUCUCAGGUUGAAGUCAGCUUCGUACCCAUAGCGUGUUCCCUGGAAAGAGCAAGCACAGCAUUUUACAGUGGGCCCUGAAAAUAAAGACCUUUUCUUCUCCCCUUUGUCUCUCUGCUACUGUUGGAGACUUCAGAGCUGACUCCUGGGGAGUGCUCCUUAAUCAUGGUCAUGGAGAGCGCAUGCAUUGAUGGGAUUCGCCACUAGAGGGAGACAAGUCACCCUCUUUGGGCUCAGCUGGCUGCUAUAUAAGAAAAGGGUUGUUGAUCCUUUGUUUGGGGUGUUGUCGUUUUUCUUCCUUCCUUUCCUCCCUCCCUCCCUCCUUCCUCCCUUCUUAUCUUUAUCUUUUGAGACAGGGCUUUUCUCUGUAGCCCUGGCUGUCCUGGAACUCCUUCUAUAGACCAGGCUGGCCUCACAGAGAUCCACCUUUGUCUGCCUCCUGAAUGCUAGGAUUAAAGGUGUGAACCACCAUUGACCGGUGUGUGCUUGUUUCUUUAGUGAAAUAAGGUCCCACUGUGCAGUCCCGGCCGGCCGGCCGAGAAUUGAGAGUGUGGACCAUGCUGGCCUGGAAUUCGGAGGUCCUCCUAACCCUGAGUGCUGGGAUUAAAGGCGUACACCACCAAGAUUGCUUAAGGAAAAGAUUCUUAAAUGGAUGUCAUGGUUGCAGGCAGUAUGUACCAUGCAAAGCUGCCAGGUGGAGUAAAUAAAAAUAGAACAACCAUUCAAUUGAAUUACUUUUUAAAGUUCAUCUAAGUUUAGCCUGGGUGUGAGUGGGCUAGCCUCACCUGAGCUCUCAAUACCCAGCAUUCCUGAGUCACAUCUGACAUUUCAAAUAAAUCAUCUAUUGAUGUAAACUU